GCACCUGAUGGUCUCUGUGGGACAAUCCGCACCAUUCAACACCCACUCUGUCAGUAGAACCAUCUACCUCCUCUUUCUCUCUUAUUGAUUGUUUCGUCUUCUGAAAUAUCGGCUUCAUCCAAACAAUCCCCGAAGAGGAGAUAUUGCACUUUGACUUUUUGGAUUUUUCCUAUUUAUUGUCUUCUUCUUUUUUUUGCACUAACGAUGCACACCACUCAGAAGGACACGACAUACACCAAGAUCUUUGUCGGGGGUCUUCCCUAUCACACCACGGAUUCAAGUCUCAGGAAAUAUUUCGAAGUGUUUGGAGAGAUUGAAGAGGCGGUGGUCAUCACGGACAGACAGACCGGAAAGUCCAGAGGCUACGGAUUCGUAACAAUGGCGGACCGAUCAGCCGCCGACCGUGCCUGCAAGGACCCCAACCCGAUUAUUGAUGGCAGGAAGGCCAACGUCAAUCUGGCCUACCUUGGUGCAAAGCCUAGAGUCAUGCAGCCAGGUUUCACAUUUGGCGUCCCACAAAUUCAUCCUGCUUUCAUCCAAAGGCCUUAUGGCAUCCCGGCCCACUAUGUGUAUCCUCAGGCUUUCGUGCAGCCCAGCAUGGUCAUCCCUCACGUGCAGCCAGCGGCUGCCGCCCCGGCCACUGCUUCCUCUCCGUACAUCGACUACACUGGAGCUGCCUAUGCACAGUAUUCCGCAGCCGCAGCCAGUGCUGCCGCUGCUGCCUAUGAGCAGUACCCAUACGCAGCAUCCCCUGCUGCGGCAGGCUAUGUAGCCACCACAGGUUACGGCUAUGCAGUCCAACAACCUCUAGCUGCUGCCGGCCCGGGAACAGCUGCCGCCGCAGCAUUUGGUCAGUACCAGCCCCAGCAGCUGCAAGCAGAUCGAAUGCAAUAACAGAUGCGAGACAGGCAGAGUAGCACGCCCCGAUAUCUGCUGCGAUGGAUGGAUCCAUGAUGAGAGGAGCGGCGGAGGAAUUCAAGUGGAGCAGGCCUGUGUGUCAGCGGCUCAGCAGAAGGGUUGCUCUAGAAAGUUAGUCGAUAUAACAGGAUGGUGAUGGUGCUGAUGAUGAUGAUUAUGAAGUGGGAACUUAGUUCCCACUUGCUGUGCUUAAACCAAAAAAGGCAGAAAAAAAGUCACAGAACAUAACGAUGGAAGGUUGUUGUUAUCAUAACUGAAUAUUGAAGUUACCAUUAAUGCUGCAGUAAUAAUUCUUAUCGCGAUGGCAUGCAGGAACUAAUCCCUGUGGUGGUAGAGCUGUUCCACUAAGCCUUAAAAUCCCAUUGCUGUCUUUAAAUGUUAGUUUAUAGCUAUUUUUGGUCAUUUUUGAAGCCCAUGAUGGUACAUUUCUUUCUAUUACAUAUGAAGGGCUGUUCGUCUUUUCGCUCCCAUUUUGGUAGUUUACGAUUUCUGAUAAUCAGGGAAAUGGAACUGUUUUCAUUGUGUUGGUUUUGUGACCUCUGUCAGGAAGUUCAGGUCCCUCAUAUCUGAUAGUUUUCAUGAUCCGGAUGCUGAUUGUCCCUUUUGGGCUCCACCUCCUGACCUAUGCUAAGUCAACCGAUGACCUGAAGGCCGAAAAACUCAUCGUCAUCAGCUGUUUGACUUGACUCUUGAUGCUGUCAACAGAAAGAGGCAGUGAGACACUCUAAUUCAGUUCCUUGCCUGUGUUUCACUUGUACACACGCUGGAACUGCACACAUGGCAGUCAGAGACAAAGGUGGGGUUUCUCUCCGACCGUGCCAUGGAGAGAAAGGAAAAGUCAGAGGCCAACAGCUGCUGGUGGACUGAGCCACCUCAGCGCCACACAGACGGAUCACUCUGGAAAGGCAGAAUCACUUGUGCUUGUUUGUUGAGCUGACACAUUUUAAUCCCCAGCCCCGUUUGGGAACUGACGUUAACCCCCCUCCCAACCCUCCAACACACACACACACACACACACACACACUCACACACACACUCACACAACAUUGCCCCCAGCCAUUCAAACAUGUCGCUGUCAGCACUUCCACCUCUGUGCAGCUCUCGUCUGCUGUCAGGUACACUCAGCCACCAGGGUUCGACUAUAUGUUGUCAUGUUGUGCCUUAUUUUUACUGCUAUUUAAGGAAAAACUGAAAAAGAGAACUCUUCUAUUUAAGAUAUUUAUUUUUGAGUGUAGGAACUUAGUGGUGGUACUGUAUUAAUAUUAUCGUGUACUCAUCUCAAGGCAUAUAUAUAUAUAUAUCUAUAUAAGUUAUUGAGUAGCUGUAGUAAUUAUAUUAAAGUAAUUAUUUUUUAUUAACCCUCAACCAAAAAUGUGUAUGUAGAAUAUUUAAGAUUCUGUAAAGUGCACUGUAUUUUUUAGAGUAUAAAAUAUUGGUAAGCUUAAUACCAUUUUGUAUGGAACUUUUACAUUUAAAAGGAGGCCUUUUUGCAUGUUCAGCGCCUCCUACAUGUUUAGGUCAAAAAAGCCCAGAUGCUGCUUUUUUCUCUCCUCUAGAAUGUAAAGUCAUCGAGAAGAUUUUAGUAGCUGUGCUUCUUCUGCUUCCUGAACUUCAAAUGGUUUUUUUUUUUACACUGAUGAACACUUUUAUACUUGAACAAUUUCUUACAAGGGAAGUAUGCAAAAUAAAUGGUCAGAAAAAUAACAAAAAAUGCUUUUAACUGUCACUGGAUGAAGGCAUGAGUUUUACUAUUUAAAAACAAGUGGUUCUGUUGAUGGUUGGAGUUCUACUUCAAUAUCUCAACAUCAUGUAUUCA